CCGCCGGCGUCGGGCGGACCCCGACAUUAGGGGCUGUGGCCGUGGGGCCGGGCACCUGUUCGGCCGGGCGCGGCGCGGGCACCGGGGGCUAGGAUGAAAGUGACCGUGUGCUUCGGCAGGACGGGCAUCGUGGUGCCGUGCAAGGAGGGCCAGCUGCGCGUCCGGGAGCUCACGCAGCAGGCGCUGCAGCGCUACCUGAAGACCCGGGAGAAGGAUCCUGGCUACUGGGUGAAGAUUCAUCACUUAGAAUACACAGAUGGAGGAAUCCUGGACCCAGAUGAUGUUUUGGCAGAUGUCGUUGAAGACAAAGACAAGCUGAUUGCUGUGUUUGAUGAACAAGAACCACUCCACAAGAUUGAGAGCCCCAGCGGAAACCCUGCAGGCCGGCAGAGCCCAGAUGCCUUUGAGACGGAAGUGGCUGCCCAGUUGGCUGCGUUUAAACCAAUUGGUGGGGAAAUUGAAGUGACCCCUUCUGCUCUGAAAUUAGGCACUCCACUGCUGGUGAGGAGAAGCAGUGACCCAGCUCCUGGCCCACCUGCUGAUGCCCAGCCGAGGGCUUCACACCCCAGUGGCCAGAGUCUGAAACCUGUUAUUCUAGAUUCCACACAGAACUUAGAAGAUGGAGAAGUUAUGAAUGGUGUACAGACCGAACCACUGACAUCGCUGAAAACCAAGGAUGCACUGAGCGAUAUGACAAGAACAGUGGAGAUUUCGGGGGAAGGAGGCCCCUUGGGAAUACACGUGGUGCCCUUCUUUUCAUCUCUGAGUGGAAGGAUUCUAGGACUCUUCAUCCGCGGCAUUGAAGAAAAUAGCAGGUCGAAACGGGAGGGACUAUUUCAUGAAAAUGAAUGUAUUGUAAAAAUCAACAGCGUGGACCUCGUAGACAAAACCUUUGCUCAGGCUCAAGAUGUCUUCCGUCAGGCGAUGAAAUCGCCCAGUGUGCUCCUCCACGUGCUUCCACCUCAAAACCGUGAACAGUAUGAAAAAUCAGUCAUUGGACCGCUUAACAUUUUUGGUAACAAUGAUGGCGUUUUGAGAACCAAGCCACAGCCUCCUGUCCAUGGAAUAACGGGAAUAAAAACCGUAACUCUCACAGGAACAGGGGGUCCUGAAGAGGAUGCUUUGACCUCUCUGCAACAAAGCAAGAGCCCCCGGGUACCAAGACUGGGUAGAAAGCCAUCCUCUCCCUCACUGUCCCCUCUCAUGGGGUUUGGCAGCAAGAAGAAUGCAAAGAAAAUUAAGAUUGACCUAAAGAAAGGCCCUGAAGGACUCGGUUUCACUGUGGUUACCAGAGACUCUUCCAUACACGGGCCUGGUCCCAUUUUUGUAAAAAACAUUUUACCAAAGGGAGCAGCAAUAAAAGAUGGCCGCCUACAAUCAGGGGACAGAAUUUUGGAGGUAAAUGGCAGAGAUGUCACUGGGCGAACACAGGAAGAGCUUGUGGCCAUGCUGAGGAGCACCAAGCAAGGAGAGACGGCAUCGCUGGUCAUCGCCCGUCAAGAAGGGACUUUUCUUCCCCGAGAGCUGAAAGGAGAGCCCGACUGCUAUGCACUCUCCCUAGAAACGACCGAGCAACUCACCUUCGAGAUCCCCCUGAAUGAUUCGGGUUCUGCUGGUCUCGGCGUGAGCUUGAAAGGGAACAAAUCUCGAGAAACUGGAACAGACUUGGGAAUUUUUAUCAAAUCCAUCAUCCAUGGAGGUGCUGCUUUCAAGGAUGGUCGUCUGCGGAUGAAUGACCAGCUGAUUGCCGUUAACGGGGAAUCUCUUUUGGGAAAGUCCAACCACGAAGCUAUGGAGACACUGAGGCGAUCGAUGUCCAUGGAAGGAAACAUUCGAGGGAUGAUCCAGUUGGUGAUUCUGCGGAGACCAGAGAGACCACUGGAGGAGCCUGCAGAGUGCGGGGCAUUUUCUAAGCCAUGCUUUGAGAAUUGUCAGAACACUAUAACCACCUCCAGGAGAAAUGAUAACAGCUCAUUGCAUCCCUUCGGCACUUACAGUUCGCAGGACAAACAGAAAGUGCUGUUGCUUCCCAGUGACGGAUGGGCAGAUCCUGAGGUCCCGCCUUCUCCACCACCACAUCCCGUUCUGGAAUUGGGCCUUGAAGAUUACAGCCACAGCUCUGGGGUAGAUUCGGUGGCGUAUUUUCCAGAUCAGCACAUCCAUUUCAGAUCUGUGACACCGGCCAGGCAGCCCGAGUCAAUGAGUCUGAAAGCCUCAAAGAGCAUGGACCUUGUGUCAGAUGAAAGCAAAGUCCACUCAUUGGCUGCUCACAAACCGGACUCUCCAAGCAAAGAUUUCGGUCCAACUCUGGGUUUGAAAAAGUCCAGUUCCUUGGAGAGCCUCCAGACUGCGGUUGCUGAGGUCAGGAAGAACGAACUUCCCUUCCACAGGCCCCGGCCGCACAUGGUUCGCGGCCGGGGCUGCAACGAGAGUUUCCGGGCAGCCAUUGACAAAUCCUACGACGGACCGGAAGAGCUCGAAGCCGACGGUCUGUCUGAUAAGAGCUCUCACUCCGGCCAAGGGGCUCUGAGUUGUGAAUCUGUCCCUCAGGGGAGCCCUGAGCUGGAGGACGGGGAGCAGAAAGCCAGGAAAAUCAAAAAAACGAAAGAGAAGGAGAAGAAGAAGGAAAAGGGCAAACUGAAAGCCAAGGAGAAAAAGCUGAAAGAGGAAAAUGAAGACCCAGAGAGGAAAAUAAAGAAGAAAGGGUUCGGUGCCAUGCUGAGAUUCGGAAAGAAGAAAGAUGACAGGGGUGGCAAGGCUGAGCAGAAGGGCUCUCUGAAGCAUGGAGGCCUGAUGGGAGAAGAGCGGGAAAAAAUGAAAGAACGUGAAAGGAUUGUAGCAAAACACCAGGAGCUAAGGGAAAAGCAGGCAAGAGGUCUUCUUGAUUCUGCUGCUGGUGCAACUGGAUCGCUGCAUGAUAUGGACGAUGAUGAAAUGGACCCCAACUACGCCAGAGUGAACCAUUUCCGGGAACCGUGUGCAUCAAGUGUCUACAGGUCACCAUCUCCGCCUCGAGCUGGACCACUGGGUUACCACCGGGAGAGCCGUCCGCUAUCUCCAGAGAGAGACCACUUAGAGGGUCUCUAUGCCAAAGUCAACAAACCAUAUCACCCACUGGUGCCAGCUGAAAGUGGCCGGCCUGCGAGUGGGAGCACGGACCGCAUCCAGAAGUUGCGGAAAGAGUAUUAUCAGGCCCGGAGGGAAGGAUUCACCUUAUAUGAGGACGACGAGGGAAGAGCGAGGCUAGAUUACGACCUUCACUGGGUGUCUGGAAAGGGUCCAGAUGGGAAUGCACACAACAUCCGCUUUGAGGGGAUGGAGAGACAGUACGCGUCCUUACCCAGGGGAGGACCAGCCGAUCCCGUAGACUAUCUGACGGCCACACCUCGAGCGCUCUACCAGGAAAGGGAGCUUCCAUACUACCCGGGGGUUCAUCCUGUGCGUCCUCCCAAAGGGAGCUACCCCCGCCCCCCAGAUCUGAGGGUCGCAGACCUCCGGUAUCCUCAGUAUUACCCUCCUCCGCCAGCCCCCCAGCAUAAAGGACCCUUCCGACAAGAUGUUCCACCUUCCCCCCCUCAGCAGCACAGAGUGCCAGCCAAUCCAGAAAUGGGUAGACCAGGCCCCCGAGGGGGCAGCCCAGACCAGUAUCCCUACCGAGCCCAGGAUCCCAGGCAGAAGAGCCCCAUGACUGCAGCCGUGUAGCUGAACGCCGCCAACCUCAGCCCGGCCCAGAGAGGGACACGUGUGACAUCACCUUUGCCCUUCCUAGACUUUCAGGACUUCCUCCUGUUCAGACUUCUCCAUGGGAUGGAUGGGUUUUUCUCACCGAGGUUGCAACACUUGACUGCUGGCCAGAGGCAAAGAGGGGGGGACAGGAGGGCGGGGGGUCCCGAGGAAGAGGGAGGACGGGGGUCUUACAGUUACUGCCUGAGAGUCAAAGGACGUUUAGGAUCGUUUAGUUCAGCGAGAGCGGCAGUUAAACAGGCAAAUAAUGGAGACGUUGCACACGGGGCCUCUCUGGUGCACACGAGCCCCAUGGAACUGGCCGCGCGGAGGCAGUCUCCGAGGCUCGGGCUCAGCCCCCUUAGGAAAGCUGUUAAGUCUGAAGAGUGGCUGCAAAUACGGGCAUCUUAAAUGAUUAGGUUUUUUUUUUUUUUUUUUUUUUUUCCAUUGGGAAAACAAAACAACAGCAAACAUGACUCGUGAUUUCCUUGAAAUGUUUAUACCCAGAGGAAGGCUGCAUUUCCCUAUUUGCAGACUUUAUCAGGCUCCCGGUACCACUCAUUUGGCAGAAUUACUUUAUGUUUUCUUACUUUUUAUAUUAGAAGAAAAUAAGAUAUGAAUGCAGGAGUAAUGUCCUGGGAGACCGUGCAAAGCCAGUCAGGGCUUCCAGAAGGAAUAUAUUCUGUGAACCAGGUUAAAGAGGGCCCAAAAUCCCGUGGUCCUCACCUUCCUUCCCCGCAAGUCCCAGGCAAAACACCCCUGAGAGAUCAGGUUUCAGAAUCAUCCCCAAAUCUCCUGCCUGUAAUUUUCAUAACCCCGGGCCUCUACUUUCAGGCUCCUUCUUGAGGGCUAAAAUGUAGUUGGGAAAAGGAGAUCCCGCUGGUUGGGUUACACAGGAAGCCAUGCUCUGGAGAUGCCAAUUCAUUGCACAAUCAGUGUCCAAUAGUGCCAUCUGCACCGGGGACAGGGAGGGGCUGACUGUGGCCUUUGGGGUUGAUAACCAGAAGGUGGAAGAUGGCAGUGACUGACCGUGUGUGUGUGUUUGUGCGUGCACACAUGUGUGUGUAUGUGUGUGCGUGAAGGCAUGUGAUUACUGGUAUGGAGAACGUGCGAUAAAAAUGCUUUCUGGAAAGUUUGAUGGGGAAGGAAAUCAAAGGGAAAAAAAAGUCAGAAGGGAAAGGAAAAGAGGCGUGAAACCAGAUCAUUAUUUAUCUGCUGUAUUUUAGUCACAAACAUCAGGGCAACACCAAGACCAGCAUCUCCAAUUGGAAGGUCUCAUGGCUUUGAAAAGCCGGCGCCCCCUCCCUCCAAAACCCAUCAUGUUUCCUUUGAGCUUUGCAGUGAUUUUCUACUUAUUCCAGCAGGACUUCUAAAACUUCCAACCUGACCCAAAUGAGCACACAACAAAAGACUGAGGACCAGCAAAACAGCAAGCUUGAAUUGUUCGGUGACGCUUAGACUUUAAGCCUUUGCUGCUCCUUCUCCAUUCCCUCCGAACAAAACAAAAAGUCUUGAGUUCAAUGUAGACAUAUUGUGGCUGAGAUUAGAAUACUCCUGACUGACAGGGUUUAAUAAAUUAUAGUAUUAUGGAAUCUACAGAGUAUCCAACCCAGUUUAGUCUUUUUUUUUUUUUUUAAUUUAAAAUAGAGUUGCAUUACCAGGAAUGAAGCAACCGCUGGUUUUAGACCUAAAUGGUUGUUAUUUACUGGACUUUAAGAGGUAUCAUUUUCUAAACUGCAAUUUAGUUAUGGCCGUCCUAAAAACAGACUGUCAAGCGGGGUUUGGCCAUCUGCCGUCUCUUGUAAGCGAGCACCUUAUACUGUUUGCAGUUUGCGCAAGGAGGCCGAGGGCCUUGUGCCCUGCUCCCCCAGAGGUGGAGUGCAGGGGAGCCAUGGGGCUUCUCCACGAGCUAAAUGACACUUUCCCCUCAAACUAAAUAAACUUUCCAGAAGAAAAUGAUGAAGUGAGGGAAAGGUAAUGUGUUGGGGAGCAUUAAAAAUCAGCUCUUCGAUCUGUUGCAUAGUUUAACCAAAUUUCUCCAGGCUAUUGGAUGUAGUCAAGCCAGAGUCUCCUUCUGGAUUAAGUCCAAGUCCACACAAGGGGCAACCAGAGGCAGUGUGAGAAAGGGAGAUUUCUGUGCAUGUCGGAGCAGGGGCUGUGGUAGGAAGAAUGCCCAUGUUUUCACCAUGUGGCCACCUUGGGAGCACAGUACCUCCAGGUUCCAGGCUCUGGGCAAGCCGCUCGAAGUGUGAUUUUGUGUUUAUACAAAGUCAAUAGAACACUUGUCAAUCCUGGGGGGCAACCAGGGAUGAGAAGGUACUGUUAAAGUGAAUAAAAAGUAGGAUACAACCAUCUUCUUUUCUUGCUUGACGUAUAUAACGCAUGCCCUAUUUGACCCUGCCCAAAAGAGGCUACCUUAUGUGUGACAGAGGCUGUGUCAAGCCAUGCUAUAACUGAGAGCAGGUCGCAGGUAAGCUUUUUAAAUGCCUGUGUCCCAACCUUCUCUGUCACCGCCCAGAAGUUGCAGAACUCUUGCCCAGUCUCUAGGAAAACAGGUUGUUUAGAAUAUUUAGAAGACCAGGCUGGAAUCAGUAGCAGGAAGUAGUUCUCCGUUAAUUUAUAGCCUUGGAAAGACUCAACCAGGUGUUUGCUUGUCACUCAGAAUAUAAUAACCCUAGGGAACAGAGUGACACAGUGAGCGGCAAGCCCAACAACACACACCCACUGGUUCCUGAUCUGACCGCUGGGUCAUCGAAAUGGGUCAUUGAAAUGAUGUUUUGGCCUGGAGUCACUAGAUAUUUUAAGGAGCUCUGUUUUAUACCUUUCUGCAGGAGGAGAGAUAGGAAAGGGAGCAGACCAUUGAAAACUUUGAGGUGCAGGAGAAUUCAGUCCUCUGCCAGGGAGGAAAACUCUGCAUCUUGUUAACCCCAUGCGCCAUUGGACUGUGGCAAUAUCGUUCUUGGUAGAAAAUUGCUUCCCCACGAUAUUACAUCAGUGGAUAAAAGCCAAUCUCAAAGACAGGCGCAUCUUCUUAAGUCAUAAUUGAGUAACAAACAAAAAUUGGAAAAUAAAAUUACCACGAAGUUCAUUAUUCUUAGAUUUGUAUGUCAACAUGCAUUGACCCCACAGGACAGCAUGGAGCAAAGAUCUUAUAAGCAUGAGCAUGGUGAGACCCACAGAUCAACUGUCACCCCACAGAGCAAACUGUGCCUGCUGCCCAAUAAAGGAUGUGUGCAACUUCCUUGUAGCUUUGCUUGUGCCACCAACUAAAUAAAAUCAAAACGUGGUUCACUAUUUCCUUUAAAGACUACUGAACUUGUUGAACUGUCUUCAUAAGGAAAUGCACCUGACAAGGUGCAUAGAUUCUAUAUGCAUAAGGACCCAGCCUUUAAAAAUUAUUUGUUCCUGUAACCUAUAACCCCAGCAUUUGCUUUCUUUGGAGAAACAUUUCAGCCUUUCGGGGGAUGGAGAGAUCUGCAGAGUUUGGAUAAGAAUGUGUGUCUAUAAAAUUCCCAUAGGCAUGAAACUCUGAAAUCCGCAAUGAACCGCCUUCAAAUUGGUGCUAAAUUGGGUAGACACCCUACUGCUUUCUGAGUCCAGGAGCAACAAAAAGUCCAGAUUUCAUGCAGUUAGGCGGGAGGGAGUUGGAUCUAGAAACAGCCACAGGAGUAUUUCUCUGCACUCCCAGUUUGCACGGACUUAGUGGGAAAUGAUGCCACAAUGAGACCAGAAAGAAGAGUCUCCAUAAGGCAUCCCUACAAAGUCACCUCUCUGAAAAAAAAAAAAAAAAAAAAAAAAAAAAGGGAGAAUGAAAGGUAGAUAUC